UUACCAACGUAAUUAGAGCAGUACAAAUAAAAGCUGUGUCAUACCCGUGGUAUACGGUCUAAUAUACCACGUCUGUCAGCCAAUCGGCAUUCUGGGCUCGAACCACCCUGCUUAUAAUGUUAGGAUAAGGUUUAGGGCAAGGGUCACGAUAAGGGUUAGGGCAAGGGUACGGUUAGGGUUAGGGUUAGGGUAAGGACGUCCCAAUGAUUCCAUAUAGCACUAACCGUACGUGGAAACCCCUCCGCCGCUAGGGAAACGCUUUCAGACCAAUCAGUGGUUGAAUGUGUGAGGGAGCGUGUGUUUACAUCACCCGUCAAAUUGAAGAGCAUUUAAAUUUCGUCUUACAAGGACCAAACCCACAGACUCGCACUGAAACGAUUACGGUAGCCACCAACAGGACGGACUCUCUGGUAACUGACCUUUUGCAGUGGAAUAACUCUUGAACCAUGAGCUCUGUGGCUGUGUUGACCCCGGAGAGCUUUGCCGAGCACCGCAGCGGAAUCAAAGACCAGGAGAUGACAGGCGGUGUACCCGAGGAUGAGGCCUAUAUCCCCACCUACCUGGAGGCCUUCCCUCCGCUCCCGGAGAAUAAGGGAGCUCCGGGGGACAAGUCUGGAGAGCCUGCCGGGGCGUGGGGCUCCAAGAUCAGACCCAUCAAAGCCUCUGUCAUCACCCAGGUGUUCAACGUGCCCCUGGAGGAGCGGCGCUACAAGGACAACAGCCAGUUUGGUGACGGGGGCGAGGAGGCCAAGGUGUGCCUGGACAUCAUGCAGAGGACGGGGGCUCACAUCGAGCUGUCGCUGGCCAAGGACCAGGGCCUCUCCAUCAUGGUCACUGGGAAACUGGACUCUGUCAUGAAGGCCCGUAAGGAGAUCGUGUCUCGGCUGCAGACACAGGCUUCGGCCACGGUGGCCGUCCCCAAGGAGCACCACCGGUUUGUGAUCGGUAAGAACGGUGAGAAACUCCAGGAGCUGGAGCUAAAAACGGCCACGAAGAUCGCCAUCCCCCGACCUGACGACCCCAGCCUCAACAUCAGAAUCACAGGCACCAAGGAGGGCAUCGAGAAGGCUCGUCACGAGAUACUGCUGAUAUCAGCCGAACAGGACAAGCGAGCAGUGGAGCGUCUCUCCCUGGAGAAGGUGUUCCACCCGUUCAUCGCUGGGGCCUACAACCGUCUGGUCCAGGAACUGUGUCAAGAGACGGGGGCCCGCGUCAGCAUCCCCCCGCCCAGCCUGCACAAGGACGAGAUCGUCAUCACCGGGGAGAAGGAGGCUGUCGCCCUCGCCAUCAGCCGCAUACGGGCCAUCUACGACGAAAAGAAGAGAAAGACCACCACCAUCUCAGUGGAGGUGAAGAAGUCGCAGCACAAGUACAUUGUGGGGCCUAAAGGCAACAGCCUGCAUGAGAUCAUGGAGACCACCGGGGUUUCUGUGGAGAUGCCCCCGCUGGACUCCUGCUCGGAGACCAUCAUCCUGAGGGGCGAGCCGGACAAGCUGGGCCCUGCACUCACACAGGUCUACGCCAAGGCCAAGAGUGUGAUGGUGGUGGAGGUGACGGCCCCGGCCUGGCUCCAUCGCUUCAUCAUCGGAAAGAAGGGACAGAACAUCGGACGCAUCACACAGCAGCUACCCAAGGUUCACAUUGAGUUCACAGACGGCGAGGAGCGGAUAUCCCUGGAGGGCCCCACGGAGGAGGUGGAGCAGGCCCAGGUUCAGAUACAAGACAUCAUCAGAGACCUGCUGGUGAGGAUGGACUACACUGACGUCAACAUAGACCAGCGCUUUCACAGACACCUCAUCGGCAAGAACGGAGCCAACAUUAACCGGAUUAAAGAGCAGUACAAGGUGUCGGUGUGGAUCCCACAGGAGCCGGAUCGAAGCGGCCUGGUCCGGAUCGAGGGUGACCCCAAGGGGGUGCAGCUGGCACGCAGGGAGCUGAUGGAAAUGGCACAGAGGAUGGAGAACGAGCGUACCAAAGACUUGAUUGUCGAACAGAAGUUCCACCGCGCCAUCAUCGGCCAGAAAGGGGAGAAGAUCAAAGAGGUCCGGGAUAAGUUCCCAGAGGUCAUGAUCAAUUUCCCCGACCCGGCUCAGAAGAGUGACAUUGUGCAGCUGAGAGGGCCCAAGAACGAGGUGGAGAAGUGUGCCAAGUUUCUGGCAAAACUCAUCGCAGACCUGAUGGAGAACAGCUUCUCCCUCUCCAUCCCCAUCUUCAAACAGUUCCACAAAAACAUCAUCGGCAAAGGAGGCGCCAACAUCAAAAAGAUCCGUGAGGAGACCACCACUAAGAUUGACCUGCCCACAGAGAACAGUAACAGUGAGAUGAUAGUGAUCACUGGGAGGAAGAACCACUGUGAAGCAGCCAGAGACAGGAUCCUAGCCAUCCAGAGAGAACUGGCCAACAUCAAGGAGUCAGAUGUGACCAUCCCGGCCAAGCUCCACAACUCUCUGAUAGGCUCUAAGGGCUGCCUGGUGCGGGCUGUCAUGGAGGACUGUGGCGGGGUGCACAUCCACUUCCCCUCCGAGGGCUCCGGGUCAGACAGGGUGACCGUCAGAGGGCCCGCCGGGGAGGUGGAGAGGGCCAAGAGACAGCUACUACAACUGGCUGAAGAGAAGCAAGUGAACAACUUCACGGCGGAGUUGCAGGCCAAGCCGGAGUACCACAAGUUCCUGAUUGGAAAGGGCGGGGUGAACGUCCGUGGUGUGCGGGACAGGACGGGGGCUCGCAUUAUCUUCCCGUCUCCCGACGAGCCGGAGCAGGAGCUCAUCACCAUCAUAGGCAGGGAGGAGGCUGUCAGACUGGCCCAGAAAGAACUGGAGACACUCGUCAAAAACCUGGACGACGUGGUGGAGGACAGCAUGGUUGUGGAGACGCGGCACCACCGGUACUUUGUCUGCCGGCGAGGCCAGGUGUUGAGGGAGCUGGCGGAGGAAUACGGCGGCGUGGCGGUCAGCUUCCCCCGCACCGGGACUCACAGCGACCGCAUCACACUGAAGGGGGCCAAGGACUGUGUGGAGGCAGCCAAACGAAGAAUCCAGGAGAUCAUAGAGGAUCUGGAGGCCCAGGUGAGUGUUGAGGUGGCGGUCCCCCAGCGGUACCACAGGGCUGUGAUGGGGCCUAAAGGCGUCAGGAUCCAGCAGAUCACCAGAGAUUACGAGGUGCAGGUCAAGUUCCCGGAGAGAGACGACAACAACACAGCAGAAACUCCCAAAAAGCUGUGUUCUUGUUGCCAUGGUGACGCUGCAGGACAGGAGCCCCCUCAGGAGAACGGUGACGCCAGCCCGGAGGCGGAGUUUGUCCUUCGCAAGUGUGACGUCAUCACCAUCUCAGGGCGGACGGAGAAGUGUGAGCUGGCAAAGAUCGCCCUACUGGCUCUGGUCCCCGUCACGGAGGAUGUUGAGGUGUCCUUUGAGCUACACCGUUACAUCAUUGGUCAGAAGGGCAGUGGCAUCAGGAAGAUGAUGGAGGAGUAUGAGGUGAACAUCUGGGUACCCCAGCCGGAGCAGCAGUCGGAUGUGAUCAAGGUGACAGGUCAGGUGGCCAACGUAGAGCGAGCCAAGUCAGGCCUGCUGGAGAGAGUCAAAGAACUACAGGCUGAACAGGAGGACAGGGCCUUGAGGAGCUUCAAGGUCUCCAUCUCAGUAGAUCCUAAGUUCCACCCCAAGAUCAUUGGCCGGAAGGGAGCGGUCAUCUCUCAGAUCCGCAAAGACCACGACGUCAACGUCCAGUUCCCAGAUAAAGGGGACGAACUGCAGGAUGUGAUAGUGAUCUCUGGGUAUGAGCGUAACACAGAAGAGGCACGGUCAGCCAUCGAGCAGCUGGUGUCAACGCUGCAGGAGAUGGUCAGCCACGACGUGCACCUGGACCCCCGCACACACGCACGCAUCAUCGGGGCCCGCGGCAAGGCCGUCCGCAAGACCAUGGAAGAGUUCAAGGUGGACAUCCGGUUUCCCCAGCCGGGUUCAGAGGACCCAGGCAGGGUGACAGUGACUGGACUACCAGAGAGUGUGGACAACGCCGUCGACCACCUCCUCAAUCUGGAGGAGGAAUAUAUGUUGAGUGUGACAGAGACCGAGACGAUGGCUGCCUACAUGAAGCCCCCGUCCCGCUAUGGAGGGGGGGGAGUUGGGGGUGGCGACAUCAGCGGGGGGGCGGCCAAGGGCUUUGUGGUGCGGGACGCCCCCUGGAACGACAAGGCUCCUGAUAUGAGUAAUGCUGAGGACUUCCCCACCUUCGGCGCAGGCCUGGCCCCAAAACAGACCUCCGCCUGGGGCCCCAAGAAGUUUUGAGACAUCUGGGAAAA